CCUGCGCGGGGAGGCGGCAUUUGAGGAGAGGGCGCGAGGCGGGGCCAGGCGGGGCGGGGCCUUGGGCGGCUGCGGUCUGCGCGGACCCCGGUGCCUAGGCGCUCCUGUGCCUCCAGUGCGCGGAGCCGGUCUCGCUCGGGCGUGUUCCUGCGCCGACCGGACGGCCGGACUCCAGCGCCUUGGCCCGGCCCGCGAACGCUGAGCACGCGCGGAAACCCUUUAAAGGUAGCACAUUUUUUGGGUGUCGCGGGGGCACCGCCGGCGGUGGCGACGUGGGGCGGAAUGGGCUCGCUCUUUGGGCCCGGGAGGCGUGCGCUCGCGCCCUAGGCCAAGUCGGGGCGGUCUCGGGCGGCUGAGCGCCCCCUGGAGCGACCCCUCCCGCGGCCCGGGCCCCGGCCGCCCCCGAAGCCGGGGUGAGCGGGGCCUAGCUCGGGCCGCCAGUGCGGACUCGCAGCCCCCGGGCGUCCGCUUUCUCGCUGGGCUGGGUUUCUGCAGUGCCGGGCGCCCACCCGGCCACCCCAUGAGCCGCGCGUCUGGCUCUUCGGUGGAGUGAGCCUAGAAAGGGCGGCGUUCGUCCAGUGAUCACUGCUACCCGAGGUUGCUUUUUGCAUGACUGCUUGCAGUUAAGUUCACAGGAGUUUAUAGUUGCCACAAAUGUCAAAAAGUAGCCUUCCCGCGAGCUGAAAGCGCUCACCUGUGCGCUUUAAGGUGUACCGUCUUUGUCUUUGGCGAGUGUGCCUUUUAAGACGCUUCCAAGAUAAAUUGAAUAAGAAAUGAUGAUUAUUUUCUCCCAGAAAAAUCUUGCAGAAAUGAUUUCUGGAAACACCUGUGUUCGUUGUUAGCCCCCUUAGAAUGCCCAUCCGGAGGCGGGCUCUCCCUGGCUCGAAAGGCCUCCCCGCGGAGGGCCUGGCUUGCUGUCCGCUCGCUUUUCGCUUCCAGAGUCGGAGAGACGCGACUUUGGGGUCGAUGUGGAGAGAGAAACAGAUGCCCUAGGCGCCCGCCAUUCAGGGAUUUUCACAAACUGCCCAGUUCAGCUUUGUCCCUUGCGUCUCCAAAGGUGUUUUCAAUCUACAUAUAUUUGGAAAACUUCAGUUUUCAUAUGAUUUAUUUAAAAAUAAGCAUACAUAUUAUGUUUAUUAGGAAGUAAAAAUUUUCUUUUCAAGUAGAUAUGUCCUAGUACCACAGAGAGACUUGAGUGUAGAAAAUUGCUAAACCAGUGACAAAAUGCCAGAACACUGCAAAGAUGGCAACCACUGCUUUAGGAAAUAUUUGACAUAAAUAUUUUUCAUGUUUUGUCUCCUUAAUAUCUCGGUGAUAUUUUUAUUUGAUUUGAUAUUUUAAAAAGAAUUGUAACUUUUAGACUUAGAAGGGAACUUAGAGUCUUAUGGGCUGCAAAGUACAUAAAUCUGUUUGACAACGUCUCCAACAAAUUAUGUUUUGUCCUUUGCUUGGAUUAUAUUUAGUAGAAAGAGGUGUUGCCCCAUUCUUUUGUUGGAAAACUGUGUGUUUUUAUGUGUUUUGGAGCGCGAGACUUCAGCCCUCCUGUCCAGGCCAUGCUUCCCCUGCCCUUGCACUGGUGACUAGGAUUCCAGGCUCCUUAACACGGACCAUCUGCCUGGGGCAACAAUCUGAUUGUUUAUCAUGAAACUUUAGGAAGGAGAUUAAAUAAAGGACAUUUAAUAGUUAUUUCCCUUUACUUUUGCUGCUCCCAACAAAUUUGUCCACCCUUUUCGGAUAAUUUUGCAUCUAUGUUCUGUUAUCUGUGGUAUUCACCUAUUAUUUCUAUUGUUGUGAUCAUUGAAAACUUGAAACUGUUGAAAGUAACUUCUGGGUAUUCAUUUCACCGAUCUGGAAGAACCUAGUGAUGGUGCAGAAGAGAGCUGCUUCCAUGGCCUUUAGUGAGUUGGCUGUGGAUGUUCAGUCAGUCUUCAUCUCAUCUUCUUUGAUAAUCUUGCCCUCAAGAAUACUGUGGCAAUCUCUUAGAUACUUCUAGAGGAUCCCAUUCACGUAGUCACCUGAUCUACCAAAUUAGAAAACACAUCAAAAAAGGCAUUUGAGUUAAGGUGGUUAGUGGAGCUCCUCAGUGCUAAUAAACUUGUUUCAUACUCUGGAAUUGUGCUGAAGAUCCGUGUCCAGCUUGCUCUUUUCUCCCUUUUUGGAAGAAUGGCUUAUCACUUGAUGGAGUCCUGUAUUCUGGUUUUGUUCCCUACCUGUCCUCAAAAUUCUCGUGACUAUGAGACAGCCAUCAUGUUCCUUCAGCAACCAGGGAAGUAAUUCAUCUGAUUCAGAAGACUUCAGUGCACUGAUCUGAGAUAGGUAGUGGUGCACCAUCUUCUUACUGGUCUUGGGUAGCAACUCCCUAUUGAUAUGUCAGUAUUAUGUCAGUAUUCUCACAUGAAGAAUGGCCUAUUGGCACAGAAAUUAGCCAUAAGUGUAACUCAGGAGAAAAGUUUCUGCAGUAAAUAAAAAUGUGUGUCAUCUGAUUUGAGUUAACUAGUAACUCGACUUGUCUUUUAUUUUUGGUGUUUCACUGAAAGUGUGCCCUGGAGUUCCUUUCCCUCUACAUCUGGAAUAAAGGAAGGACAGCCAACCGUGACAUUAUCUGGAAAACAGUGUAACAGCAGGUGGCAGUGAGGAAAUCAAAUGGUAGAUCGUGAGCUCAAAUACAUUCCCCUAGCCUGUCCUCCCCAGUUCUGCUUUAGGAGUUGGAUUCAGAGAGAAAUGGAAAAUUAACAGGUGGUAGACAGUAGAGUUUUAAGGGAACUGUUUAGUAAAUUAAUAGGUUGCCUUGUUUAACUCCUCUGUGUAGUUGAGUUUGGUUUACAAAAGUAGUAGAAUGUAUUUAUUUAUGUUUACCUUACGACAUUUAUUCACGAUGCCAAGGGUGUGAGUUUUAUCCUGCUGUAGACCUAUAUUACUAUUUUCUUCAGUUUCCAUAGACUUUCCUGCUAACUCUGACAAGUCAUUUUCCUGAAAUUUGGCAAACCUCAAAGAGUAUGACUGAAUCAAUGCCAUCUCUAUCAAUAUAUAUGAAAUGAUUUUUAAAUAUGAAGCAUAUAUUCUAUUAACAGCAGACUAGUCCAACUAUAUUCAUAUGGGAAUGAUAAUAAAAAUCACUCAUGUCUGCCUCUUUACUAUAACUGUGGUGGUAUUAUGUGCUACUAAAAUCUGGAACUGGAAGAUUUACACAGCCUGUAAACAGAUAAUUGUAGUCAUGAAUUCCCUCACAUUUUUUGUAGUAUCUCUCUAUAGACAUUAAUUAAAAUACGGAUUCUCAGAGUCCAUUCACUCUUUGAUCCAUAGCCUUGGUACAGCCUCAAGAAUAAUUCCUGGGAAUCAUAAGAUUUCCACUAAGCAUGCUAAUUUUUUGGAAUUUGUUUUGUUUUUGUUUUGUUUUAUUUUGUUUUGUUUUUGUUUUUGAGACAGGGUCUCACUCUGUUGCCCAGACUGGAGUGCAGUGGUGUGAUCUCAGCUCACCGCGACCGCUGCCUUCCUGCCUCAGCCUCCCAAGUAGCUGGGAUUACAGGCAUGCGCCACUACCACUCAGCUAAUUUUUGUAUUUUUUUUAUUUUAAAAAAUUUUAAAAAGUUUUUUUAAUUUUAGAGAUGGGGUUUCACCAUGUUGGCCAGGCUGGUCUUGAACUCCUGACCUCAAAUGGUGCACCUACCUCGGCCUCGCAAAGUGUUGGGAUUACAGAUGUGAGCCACCGCGCCCGGCGGGGCUAGUGUUUUUUUGUGUGGUUUUUUUUUUUUUUUGAUACGGAGUCUCGCUCUGUCACCCAGGCUGGCGUGCAGUGGUGCAAUCUCUGCUCACUGCAAGCUCCGCCUCCCGGGUUCACUCCAUUCUCCUGCCUCAGCCUCCCAAGUAGCUGGAACUACAGGCGCCCGCCACUAUGCCUGGCUAAUUUUUGUAUUUUUAGUAGAGACGAGGUUUCAUCAAUGAACAACAACAAAAAAUAGUUUUAGAAUCAAUAAUUUCUAACAAAAUCCUUCAAUAUAUAGAGUGAUAUAUAAAGAGCCUAAGCAUAGAAAUUAUUGGAUGUUUAUUUAUGUAUUCUGAUGAAUGUGUUUUUGUGGUAUUUUACCAAGAUAGGAAGUGAAAUCAAAUGGAUGUUGGUGAGUACCCUACGGCAACCAUUGCUUCAUUUCAUGGUUCAGAGUGAACUCUAAUCUGGAAGCCUUCCUUAGGUCAUUCCUGCUUCUGGGAUCCAACUCUAUGUUGUGCUUAAGAAAUGUGUCACAUCAGACAGAGUGAAUCACAAGACAGAGAUAUUUACCUAUCACAUAAGUAUUUUAUUAGAUUUCAAGGUAUGUUUCAAUUAUGACACUGAAUCUUUCAUGUGUACAUUCCUAACAUUGCAGGGGUUAAAGGAGGGUUAUAUAGUUAACCAAAGUUCAAUAAAGUUCAGAACCACUCUUACCAUUAUUUUGCCUUUCAAAUAAUUGUAUACUUAAAAUACUUUGUAUUCUUACAUAAAAUAUACGUACAAGAUGACCAUAUAUACUUGGACGUAUCUGGACUUCAAAUUUGCUGGAACUUAGUUGCGUCCCAAGCUGGCUAAUACCUAGAGAUUCAUCAUUUCUGUUUGGAGGGUAAGAAUGCUCAUUCCCUGGCUGCUUUACUGGAGAGGAUCAGGUGUGUUGCUUGAACUAAGACUUUGUCCCUGCCAUAUCUAACUUCUCUGAGCUCCUGUGUCCUGGCUGUCAUCUGAAAAUUGUUGCAGAUCAUUUGAGUUUUUGUUAGAAUUGUGCUUUGACUUAAGUAAUGAAAACAGUUCAGAAAACUGCACUGGACAAUUUAAUAUAGCAACACAGACUGCAACUAAACUAUCUGCUGGCACUUUAAUCCUCACAAUGAUCAUAUAGGUACUUUUCUUGUUGGAGAUGAGGAAACUGAGGCUUAGAGUAAUUUGUUCUGACACGAUCAUAUGGUUAGUAAGUAGCAGAGUAGGGACUUAUCUAGACCUAUGCUUUUAGUUGUGUUUUACUAUCUCCCAGACCUCCCAUGUCUUUUUUUUUUUUAAGGACAAUUGCAAUGUGAUACUUCCUUCUUUGAAAGAGAUAAAAUACAAUAAUUGACUAGGAAAAAAAAAAAAAACUUGGGACAUACACUGCUUCCUUGGACAUUUCCUCCUGGAAGCCUCCCAAGCCACCUCUUCCACACACAAACUCAAUCACAUGCAUCCUCUUUUCCUUCUGUUGAAACUUGUCCCAACUUUGGUCAUAGCAUUUAUCACUGUAUUUCACCAUUUGACCAUAGCUCUUUGAGAACAGGUUUGUACUUAUUUAUCUCUGUAUCCCCAGCAUGAGGUAGCACCUAUCCAUGCAUGAAAGUGGAAGAUACCUACUAAAAUUGUAUUAAUUAAACAAUUUUUCAUUUUCUAAUGUUAUUCUGUACAGUUAGAGUGCCAAUAUUUGGUGGAAAUGUGAAAAAACUAUCAGAAACUGAACAUUUUCUAAUGUUUACAGAAUGAAGAGGAACAGUUUAUCUGUUGGGAAUAAAAUUGUCCAGUUGUCAGGAGCAGCGAAACAGCCAAAAGUUGGAUUCUACUCUUCUCUCAACCAGACUCAUACGCACACGGUUCUUCUAGACUGGGGGAGUUUGCCUCACCAUGUAGUAUUACAAAUUUUUCAGUAUCUUCCUUUACUAGAUCGGGCCUGUGCAUCUUCUGUAUGUAGGAGGUGGAAUGAAGUUUUCCAUAUUCCUGACCUUUGGAGAAAGUUUGAAUUUGAACUGAACCAGUCAGCUACUUCAUCUUUUAAGUCCACUCAUCCUGAUCUCAUUCAGCAGAUCAUUAAAAAGCAUUCUGCUCAUCUUCAGUAUGUCAGCUUUAAGGUUGACAGUAGCGCUGAGUCAGCAGAAGCUGCCUGUGAUAUACUCUCUCAGCUGGUAAAUUGUUCCAUCCAGACCUUGGGCUUGAUUUCAACAGCCAAGCCAAGUUUCAUGAAUGUGUCGGAGGUAAGGAUAUUAUGCCACUUAACAGUUGUUUUUAUCAACUCAAAAUCAUUAUCAUCAAUCAAAAUUGAAGAUACGCCAGUGGAUGAUCCUUCAUUGAAGAUUCUUGUGGCCAAUAAUAGUGACACUCUAAGACUCCUAAAGAUGAGUAGCUGUCCUCAUGUUUCAUCUGAUGGAAUUCUUUGUGUAGCUGAUCAUUGUCAAGGCCUUAGAGAACUGGCGUUGAAUUAUUACAUCCUAACUGAUGAACUUUUCCUUGCACUCUCAAGCGAGACUCAUGUUAACCUUGAACAUCUUCGAAUUGACGUUGUGAGUGAAAAUCCUGGACAGAUUAAAUUUCAUGCUAUUAAGAAACACAGUUGGGAUGCACUUAUUAAACAUUCCCCUAGAGUUAAUGUUGUUAUGCACUUCUUUCUAUAUGAAGAGGAAUUUGAGACGUUCUUCAAAGAAGAAACCCCUGUUACUCACCUUUAUUUUGGUCGUUCAGUCAGCAGAGUGGUUUUAGGACGGGUAGGUCUCAACUGUCCUCGACUGAUUGAGUUAGUGGUGUGUGCUAAUGAUCUUCAGCCUCUUGAUAAUGAACUUAUUUGUAUUGCUGAACACUGUACAAACCUAACAGCCUUGGGCCUCAGCAAAUGUGAAGUUAGCUGCAGUGCCUUCAUCAGGUUUGUAAGACUGUGUGGGAGAAGGUUAACACAGCUCUCUGUAAUGGAGGAAGUUUUGAUCCCUGAUGAGGAUUAUAGCCUAGAUGAAAUUCACACUGAAGUCUCCAAAUACCUGGGAAGAGUAUGGUUCCCUGAUGUGAUGCCUCUCUGGUAAUGGGCUGCCAAAGAUUCUGAAAUUGUUGUUGUUGUUGUUGUUUUUUAAUCAGUAGGAUUAGCUGCUUUCUAUCUAAACAAAUGUAAAUUUUAAAAUGUGUUGCUGCUGUAUUUUAGGUCAAAUAUUUGAUUGUUUGCAAACUGUCUUAAUGGAUUGCUGCAGAAACAUUUGGAAAAAAAUAAGAAAUUUGAAAAGCAAGAAAUUGCUGUAAAUAGGGCACAAGCCCUGUAUAUGGAUUAGAUGGUCGAUAUGCCAAAAACUACAGAUGGUUUCUAAGUAGAUUUCUCAGCUUUCCUUGGAGGCAUAUUGUAGCUUGCUAAGUAAGUGUGUAAUAUUGAACUUGGAUUCUGUAAAGUUAUGUCAUUUACUUUAUUACAUUGUUUUAUUUGAUUCUAUUUUAUCUUGGUAUUAAUAUAUUUUAUAAAAUAUAAAAAAUUUUAAAGCUUAUUUAACGAUAACAUUUUUAGCACCCUAUGAGAUCAUCUUGUGAUUCAGUAAAAAACUUCUAAUUUCCAAA